GGUUUUUGUUUUCAUCUCAUUUCGUUUCGUCAUUCUCAAAAUUAUCUUCGCUGCAAUAUUUUUCCAGUGACUGAAGCGAACAGCUGUUGUUUUAUUCAUUAUCAGUGAGAAGUGUGAAUUAUUACGAGAUUUCUUUUAAUAGAGAAAUAAUCGAUUUUAAUCUUUUUAUGUGAAUCAUUUUUGAGUCCAAAGUAGAAAGUUUUUUUUUCGGGCUAUUAAAAAUUAAUGUUUAGAGACCUUUGGAAUUAAGAUUGAAUGCAUCAUUGAAAAGAGUGUUAUAUUAGAAAAAAAAGCUUAUCAGAAAUUUAUACUGUCAAAAACUUAAUUAGUCGCCAAGAUGACAUCAUCGAAUUGUGACAGUCCUGUAAGCGAGUCAUCAGACAGCAACUCAAUCAUAAAGCAUUGGUUCUAUGAACAUACAAUUGAUGCAAAAAAGCGUUGGACGCCAUUUAGCUUCGUCGAUUCACAAGCACUUGAAGAGGCUUUUACAAGUCACGACUCACAUCGCUCAAUCAUAACAACAGACGGUGGACGAUUUGACGUCAACAUACCAGAGCGAAUUAGAAUUCCUGUUUAUUGGAAAGGCGAGAAUAGUGAAGUGCGACGUUGCAGCUGGUUUUACAAGGUCGACUCUCGUUCAAUUCCCUACGAAGAAGGAAUCGCCGAUCUUCUCGAACAUGAAUAUCAAGAAGCACUUAGAACUGAAGAUUGGCAUCGAAGAGUUGAACUGCCUAAUGGCGAACAAGUCGUUUUUCAUGAUGCUAAUGUCAUAGUUCAUUUCCAACAGAAAUCAACUCCUGACAAUUGGGGAACACCAACAUCACCAAUAAGCAAACCACGAGUUGUUAAACGAGGAAUUGACGAUUUUAACAUUGAAGAUGGAGAUUGCGAUAAAAUUGAUCAUUUAUUAUUCAUGGUCCAUGGAAUUGGAUCUGUUUGUGACUUAAAGUUUCGUACAGUGGAAGAAGUUGUUGAUGAGUUUCGUUCAAUUGCGCAACAAUUAAUUCAAGCUCAUUAUCGAACAGCUUACGAUGAAGGGGAAGUUGGACGUGUUGAAGUUUUACCCGUUUCAUGGUGGAAUUCACUUCACUCUGAUGAGUCGGGCAUUGAUCAGAAAUUGAAAUCAAUCACACUCGAAUCAAUUCCAAAGUUACGCAACUUUACAAAUGAAACUUUGUUGGAUGUUUUAUUUUAUACAAGUCCAGUGUUUAGCCAGAAUAUUGUUGACACUGUUGCGAAUUCAUUGAACAAAAAAUUUGGAAUGUUUAUGAAUCGAAAUCGAAAUUUUAAAGGAAAAGUUUCACUUGCCGGACAUUCACUUGGAUCUUUGAUUCUUUUCGAUCUUUUGUGUCAUCAAAAGUCACUUGUUGUUAAUGGAGAUAGUCAUGAGAAUGUUGAAGCAGUGAAAUUAGUAAAACCAGAAGUUGUGCGUCAUAAAGUUCUUGAGAGAACUCAAUCGAAGCAAAUUGAUUAUCGUGUGGGAUUAUCUGGGACCGGCCAACCACUCAUGAAGUAUCCACAACUAACAUUUGCACCGAAAAACUUCUUUGCACUUGGAAGUCCAAUUGGGAUGUUUGUGACAAUUCGUGGAAUUGAUAAACUUGGCGUGGAUUUCCGUUUGCCAACUUGUGAUGGAUUUUUCAACAUUUUCCAUCCUUACGAUCCAGUUGCAUAUCGUUUGGAAGCUUUAGUUAAUCCAACACUUGCUAAUGUUCCACCAGUGUUAAUUCCACACCAUAAAGGACGAAAACGAAUGCAUUUGGAGCUUAAGGAGACAAUGAAUCGGGUGUCAACUGACAUCAAGACAAAGUUCAUGUCUUCAUUCAAACACGUCACUGAAACUGUUUGCGCAUUGAAUCCAAUCACAAAAAAUGUCAAUCACAAAGCUAUUGAACAAGAAGUCAAUGAAGUCAUUGAUAAACAAUUAAAUUCGGAGAUUAAUCAGGGAAAAUCUGAAUCAGCAAAUGAUGAAACGAAAGAUUCCAACGACAAUUUACAACUUGGUCAGUUAAAUCAAACGAAGCGAUUUGAUUAUGUGCUUCAAGAAGCUCCUUUAGAAUUUUUCAACGAAUAUCUUUUCGCUUUGACUGCUCAUGUUUGUUAUUGGGAAAGUGCUGACACAAUUCUCUUCAUUGUUAAGGAAAUUUACAACUCAUUAGGCGUUGAAGCUGAUAAAGAAAUUCCACAACAUUCAUUGAAGAUUGAAAGGCCGACGUUAAAAUCUUCAGAUGCACCACAAACGUCGACAUCGGUUGAAAGGAGAUAGCUAUGGGAUGGAAUACGCGUUAUUAAUUUCCUUAAUUUCGUUUGGAGAAUUUAUUUCUGCAACUUAUGUCGAAGAUUGAAAAAUAUUUAAAAAUUAAUUUAUGUAGGCUUGAGAACUCUUCCACUUAACUAUUCGCUAAUAUUUUUAGAUGUUGAAAACAAAAUUAAAAGAAGACGAAACAUUCCUUUCUCUAUCUUAAUUAAUGGAAUUAAGCAUGAAGAAAGAGAAAAAUAUUUAUUGAGAUUAUGAUCACAGAUUGAUGCUCCAAUUCAGAUAAAAUAAACAUGCAAACUUAAAAUAAAUUUUGAAUUUUCCACGCAAAUAAAAAGAAUUUCAUAACAAUUUUCUUUUCAGUUGCAACAUCGAAAAAAAAAAUGAAUAAAUUUUAUUGAAUUUCUGGCGAAUUGAAA